UUUACUUUUGCCAUACUCGGCCUACUGUGAUAAUCAGUUUCAUAUGUGAUCAUUAGUGCACAUGCUUGACCUGCAUAACUUUCAACUGAAACUUAAAUUUACAUUCUACAUUUCAAUUAUUCUGCGAUGGUGAUGACAGCAUGCGGACAGCGGCCAUUGGCGGAUGCUCCAGGAGGGUCACGUGUUGUUGGAGGGCGCAAUGCACCUUUGGGUGCAUGGCCUUGGCAGGUCAGCGUGCAGAUGAGGUCCUGGCACCUCUGUGGCGGGACCAUCCUCAACAGCCUCUGGGUGCUCACCGCUGCACACUGCUUCACUAUCGUUCCACCCCAUAGGAGGUCCAGUCUGCGCGUGGUGGCAGGACUCAACGUGCUAACAGAACCAGGGCAGUACUCCCAGCGCCGCUAUGUUGUGGAGGUCAGAGCCCAUGAGAAGUUCCACCACCCCAGCUACUCCAACGACAUAGCUCUUCUGCGUCUCAGCUCUCCACUGGAGUACACAGACUUUGUCCAGCCUGUCUGUACAGUGGAAGACGAGAUGGAGGAGUUCAACUUAAACCUCAACCAGUGUUUCAUCAGUGGUUGGGGCAGCACUUCUUUCAAAGGAAAGCCAAUGGACACACUGCAAGAAGCUGAGGUGGAGCUGUUUGAGCGAAAUACUUGUAACCGGAUCGACUGGUACAACGGUUACAUCAAGAAUGGCAUGAUCUGUGCUGGCUUUGAGACCGGGGGGGUUGACACAUGUCAGGGGCGGGCCACUGAUGGAGCAGGGCCCUAA